GAACAAGAUUGCAAGAAACACGGAACCCUGAAGCAUAGCGCCGACAAAGUAGUGUAGUUGUUUCUUGGGUCUGAACUCUAGUGUUCUACCUUAUUAAUUAAUGCAGCAGCAUUAUAUUGCUCUUCCUUCAAUUCAUUAGAACAACAAAACCUCAAUCUCUCCGAAUAAGGCAAAAGUAAUGGGAGCAACAGCGCCCGGGGAUGUUAGCAGAAGCAGCAGCGAGCCCCUCCGGUUCGUUAUCCAUUUCCUUCGAGGGAGAUGGUUCUCGCUGUUUGCCUCGUUCUUGAUCAUGGCUGGGGCAGGGGCGACGUAUCUGUUUGGAGUAUAUUCCAAGGAGAUAAAAGCGUCUCUCGGGUAUGACCAAACCACGCUUAACCUCCUAGGUUUUUUCAAGGACCUGGGUGCCAAUGUUGGAGUGUUGUCCGGGCUUAUAGCUGAGGUGGUGCCAACAUGGUUUCUUUUGCUAAUUGGUGCAGGCCUCAACUUCGCGGGCUACUUUGUUAUAUGGCUGGCAGUAAUGGGAAAGAUUGCGAAGCCGAGGGUGUGGCAAAUGUGUUUGUACAUUUGCAUUGGUGCGAAUUCUCAGAACUUCGCCAAUACUGGUGCUCUAGUCACGUCUGUUCGAAACUUCCCCGAGUCCAGGGGGUCUAUGAUCGGCCUCCUGAAAGGCUUCACGGGGCUAAGUGGUGCCAUCAUGACUCAGCUCUACUUGGCGCUCUAUGGAAAUGAUUCCAAGUCUCUUAUCCUGCUUAUCGGUUGGCUCCCAGCCGCAUUGUCUGUGGUUUUUGUGUACACAAUUCGAGAAAUUAAGGUGGUUCGGGAUAAGGGUGAGCUCAAAAUGUUCUACAUUUGCUUGGUUUCAACCAUCGUCCUCGCAUUGUUCCUAAUGGUCAUUACAAUCCUCGAAAAAGUGGCUUCGUUUUCUGAAGCUGGUUUUGAUGCCAGUGCUGCUGUUUCGUGUAUCCUACUUUUCGUCCCUCUGCUGUUCUUCGUACGACACGAAUUCACCCUCUGGCAGACGAGGAAAACCCCCAUUGUCGAGGACAAUAAUCCUAGUACUAAGAUAACUGUCCAAACUGUUGUUCCUCCAGCAUCAUCAGAGGGAAAUGAGCCCGAAAAGUCACCAACAAAGGAGCCCAAAGUCUCUUGGUUAGCCAAUAUUUUCUUCCACAAACCGAAAAGAGGAGAAGACUACUCAAUCUUGCAGGCUCUUCUCAGUACUGAUAUGUUGAUCAUUUUCAUAGCCAAUUUCUGCGGGAUGGGAUCCAGCCUCACAGCGGUCGACAACAUGGGACAGCUCGGGGAAUCGCUAGGAUACCCCGAGAAGACCAUCAAGACUUUUGUGUCCCUCCUCAGUAUCUGGAACUUCUUUGGAAGAAUCUUUGCUGGAUUCUUGUCAGAGACUCUUGUAGUCAAGUACAAGUUCCCCAGGCCCCUGAUGAUGACAUUGAUCCUCCUCUUAUCCUGCAUCGGCCUCCUCCUCAUCGCCUUCCCAACCCCCGGUUCCCUCUACAUUGCCUCAAUCGUCAUCGGCUUCUCCUUUGGCGCCCAGCUCCCUCUCCUCUUCACCAUCAUCUCCGAGCUCUUCGGGCUCAAAUACUACUCCACACUAUUCAGCUGCGGGCAGCUGGCUAGCCCCCUCGGGACAUAUGUACUCAACGUAAUGAUUACCGGUCACUUAUAUGACAAGGAGGCUCGCAAUGAUCUUGCCAAGAGAGGGCUAACCAGGGCAGAUGUGAAGGAGCUGAUAUGCAUUGGCUCCCAUUGUUAUCGUCUGGCUUUCAUAAUUCUCACCUGUGUAACGUUCUUUGGGGCGGUUUCGUCCCUGAUUCUUGUAGCGAGGACGAGAGAGUUUUACAGAGGGGAUAUAUACAAGAAGUUUAGGGAUCAGGCGGAGGAAUUACAAGUAGAAAUGCCGGUGACAACCAGCGAUGGUAGUAAGAGGUAGAAAUGAAAACCAGGGAACAUAUACACAAAAUAAACCAAAGUUGGUAUAGUUGUGUAUUAAGGUUCCAUUUUCUGAACCAUUCUUAUAUAUCCUUCAUGAAUCCUGCAGAUUGCUCCUGAAUCAUAGGAGAAUUAAGCAAUAUAUGUUGAAGCUAUAUGAUCAUCUUGGAUUUUCAUUUC